UUAUGGUCAUGGACAUUAUGGCUAUUAAAGUAUCCUGGACCGUGAUUGAAAUAGAAUCAGAAAAUAUAGGUUAGGUUCUUCCGUAUUUGCGUCGUUGGCGAUACCUGCAUGCAUCAUCAUCCCUCCUUAUUAUUUGCAUACUACUUUCGCUUCCUCAUCGGGAGACAACUUGAUCAACUUGAUCACAGACAUGACCAACAGCGUCGACGAUCAAACGCCGGUUUCGCGGAAAGACGUGUUCGUUAAGUAUUUACAGUACUACGACAAAGUUAGUUGUGAAGGCGAUGUGAAAGUGUGUUCAGAGACACAGGUGACAGAUGAAGCCAGGCGCGUGCUGCUGUUGCCGGAGGAAGAGCCGCGGAAGAGAUUCAACACCAUGCUGGACUUCUACGAGACUCUGUAUAAGUACGCACAAUACAGAGACUGCCAGAGACACGUCCACGACUUUAGAAAAGCCGCGGAGUUACUGGAGAUGUUCUGUGUCAACCUGUUUUUGUUUCCGUGGAAGAAAGAGAUUAAAACAUUAAAGAAAUUUACAGGAAACUUUGUCUAUCACAUCAAGCCAGUAUUGCCUUUUGCCAGGAGUAUUCUUCAGAUUAUCGGAUACUGUGUGGAAACAGACACUGAGUAUAGACUGUCUGAUCAUUUUGACCCUGAAAAGGCCAAGAGUAUGGGAUUCGACCUUUUCCUUGCCAAGUUAGAGUGCGAGUAUCUUCUCGAACUCAUGAACCAGAGAUCACAUGUAGAAUGUCUGGACAUCCUCCGAACGAGAGCUUCUCCUUUGACCUUCAGUGCUGGGGAAGAAGUUUCAGAACCUAUCAAUGACAUCUGUAAUCUAAAUGAGGAUGUUUUUAAGGAUGAUGGGCAUGUUGAAGGCGGCUCACUGGUAAACCCAGGGGAACAACAGCAGCAAGUGUCACUUAAAAGUCAUGAACCUCAUAAUCAGGAAGUCAACAAGUCUCUAGACAGUACUAUAUCUGAUGUAGAAAGACCAUCCAGCUCAUUCAUGACUGAUGAUAAGUCUAUCUUGGAGAUGCGGGAGAACUACCCAGACCUGGCCAUCCGACAAAAGCCUAUUUUCCAAAAGUCUCAAAGAAUGAUGCAGCCUCUCAAGGCCCAGGAGAAGGCUGGAUGCAGGGGCCACAAUGCAGCCCUGUUCCACGAGGUCAGUACUGACAUGAGUGGACCCCAGUCUAUAGCCAUACACAAUGAGACCACCCCAGGUCAUAGAAAGCUACACAUCCCAAAUCCACUUGUAGAAGCCCAGGCCUUAGAUGACAACCUAUUGGUGCUUCAAGUCGGGACACUGCUGCAAGGACGCAACCGUGAAGGCUCAACAGAAGACUGCUUGCUUGACCUCACUGAGCGAAUGGGGAAAAUGCACGUGAAGGACCUCAGUGCAGAUGAACCCCUUAAAUACCCCAUAGAGGAGACCGCACAGGCCCAGCCAUCUAGUGGACAUAAUGACGUCAUCACAACCCCACCCACAAAAUCCUCAGAUGGCAUGAGCCUGCCCAUCUUGUGCAGCCCAUCCCAGGAGCCUGUCUGCAACAUUGCAGGUUGCGGGAGCUGUGCUGGAUCUGAUGGCGUUCUUACACAGGACGGCACUAUUAAAGAGCCUCCUCAGUCAAUCUACAUCCCUAGCGCACUGAACGAAUGUACAACAGUGUUUGGACCACCAACUGACCACAGUCAGACUGCUAAUGAGGGUGCAAGCACACACAAGAGUCCCAUAUCUCAACAACCAGAAGACGAGCUAGACCAAACAUACGUGAUGGUUUAGAGACACAAAGGUUUUUUCCUCAUCCAUGCCAGAUAUUUUAAAGUAUGCUAGUGUGGCAGUGCAGUGACUAAAAUAAUACCUUUGUGCUAGUAAUGAUGUAUGAAGCAUUUUUAUUGAUACCAAGUUUCUCGUUAAUAAAGCCAUGAUUUCUGAUUAGCUUUGGCAUCUUACAAUUUCUGAAGGUAACAGGAAGAAUGUCUGUGUGCCAUACCUUUUAUCUUAGCUUUUUUAAGUGAAGGAAGGUUUCUUGCUGCUAUCAUUUUCAUGAACCCAGCUAACAUUUCAUGGUUUGUCCAUGGGUUCCAUGUUGACCCUACCUGAAUUAACCUAUACUGGUGCCAAUUCAGAUAGGAAAGAAUAGGAACCCAUAGACAAACCCAUACCUCAAGCCCAUAUCACGCCUACAUUGGCCCCACCAUGAAAUGUUGCCUGGGAGCUUGCUUGGGUCAAAAUGAUUCUUAGAGCUUGAUUUAUUAGGUACUGUGCCUUACUAAAUGU